UCCGGCGUGCCGGAGUGCCGGGAGCAUCUCUUCAAGGUGCUGGUGAUCGGGGAGCUGGGCGUGGGUAAAACCAGCAUUAUCAAGCGGUACGUGCACCAGCUCUUCUCCCAGCACUACCGGGCCACUAUCGGGGUGGAUUUCGCGCUCAAAGUCAUCAACUGGGACAGCAGGACCCUGGUGCGGUUGCAGCUCUGGGAUAUAGCAGGCCAGGAGCGCUUUGGAAAUAUGACCAGAGUAUACUACAAAGAGGCAGUUGGUGCUUUUGUGGUCUUCGAUGUCACAAGAGGCUCCACCUUUGAGGCUGUUUCAAAAUGGAAGCAUGAUUUGGACAGUAAAGUACUACUUCCUAAUGGCAGCCCCAUCCCUGCAGUUCUUCUUGCAAACAAGUGUGACCAGAAGAAAGAUGGCAGCCAGAAUCCCUCGCAAAUGGACCAGUUCUGCAGAGAAGGUGGCUUUGUUGGAUGGUUUGAAACCUCUGCCAAGGACAACAUCAACAUAGACGAAGCUGCUCGAUUCUUGGUGGAAAACAUCCUUGCCAACUACAAAACCUUUCCUAAUGAAGAGAACGAUGUGGGGAAACCAAAACUGGACCUGGACCCAUUGAAAGCAGAGAGUAAAUCACAGUGCUGCUAAUGCUACCACUCUUCAGUAAACGUGAUGGGAUGAGCAGCAAGACUGUUCCUUAAAUCAAUCUGCUGCUAUGGUGCUGCAUUGUGACAAUCCAUAGGGGGUGUCUGGUAUUAUAUGAAUAGGUGAUUCUUGUGGGUGUUUACAUAUUCUUGUUGGUACCUUGUGAGUUAUCACUCCACUUGCUUAAGUGACUGUAUCCAAGUCUGAUUAGUGUCGUAUUACUUGAGAACAUAAGGUAGUGUUUACACUCCUGAAAAGGAACAAAGAACAACAUUCCUCUGUCUAGUUUUCUUCUAGGACAUAUGCUACAUUCCAAAUAUUGCUCACUUAUGGUUUUAGCUGAAUAGACACUUGCACCUUGACUG